UUGCAUAUCCUUUUUCAACAGAAUAGAUCAAGAAACAGUGAUUCCUUGCAAGAUUUUGAAACAAAGCAGUUGUUGUUGUUAGAGCUUCUUUUGUGGGACUCACUCAGUUCACUUCGGUGAAGAGUUUGGACAUUAAAGUUUCAAACUUUCUCUCUCUUAUUUUGUUGGAAAUUUAAUGGCAGCUGAGGAGAUUAAUAAGCCCCCAUCACUCCCUCCUUACCCUGAGAUGAUUUUGUCAGCCAUUGAAGCAUUGAAUGAGGCCAAUGGCUGUAACAAGACGUCAAUAUCGAAAUACAUCGAAUCAAAAUAUGGGGACUUGCCAGCUGGCCACACUGCACUCCUCUCACACCACCUCAAUCGAAUGAAGGAUACCGGAGAGUUAGUGUUUUGGAAAAACAAUUACAUGAAGCCAGAUCCCAAUGCUCCUCCUAGGCGUGGUCGUGGUAGGCCCCCCAAGCCGAAAGACCCAUUGCCACCGGGCUCAGACCUGCCCCCUGCCAGACCGAGGGGUCGUCCACCAAAGGAUCCCAAUGCACCCCCAAAGCCAGUGAAGCCAAAGACUGCGACUGGAAGUGGCAAGCCAAGAGGGAGGCCACGCAAGAUGGCACGGCCUACAGGAGGAAUAACCACUGGAACUGCUACAACAACCUCAGCAGUUCCAAUGACGGCUGGUAGUGGAAGGCCAAGGGGUCGGCCUCCAAAGGUGAAGGCUGCAACUAUGACUGAAGUGAGUGUUCAGAAUUAAUAAUCUCCUCCCAUUAGUGGUAUUAGCAGUCGACGGACUGUUGUCUCAACAUGUCUGUAGAAUUGGUCAGUUGUGUGUGUUAGUUGUUAACAGUGGUCUGUGUUAUUAGUAUGGCAACAUCGUGUGUAUUUUUGUGCAUGCAACUGUGUCGUGUCUUCUUGUAUAAUUGGAUGAUUGUAUUUGUUAUAAUUGAGCCUUCUUGCUUUCUUGUAGUUUU